CUGUCUCAACCAGCUUCUCGGGCCCUUGCUACCAACCCAGAUACCUCACAACUCUGUACCAGACCAUCAUGAUCUCUCUCGCCGUACUUAUGCUGCUUGUUGGGACGAGCCAUGCUGCCCUGGAAACACGUGGCGGCGUUAUUGUUGACGUCAUAAAUGACUGUGAACCAGAGGAUCCAUAUUCUUGCGGAGAUGGGUACUGCUGCGUGAAAGACGAUUAUGUUUACCUGGAUGGCUAUACAGGGGAACGGCCUGCUUACCGCUUGCAGUGUCAACCGCUGAGAGAGGAGGGCGAAUGGUGUUUGGGACACAUAGGGGGACCUGUGUGCCCGUGUGCCGCGGAAUUCGAGUGUCGGAGGAGCAACUCGUUCUUAAGGCGCUGCACCAGAACAUACUGAACAGCUUUCCUCACAACCUUUUUUAUUUUACAAAUUCUGCUAAUAAAAUUAUGUAAAUGUUUAUUUUA